UAAAUUGAAUGCAAACAUCUCCAUAAUUUUUGAAUAAAAUAAUUACAAUAUCUUAAAGUUCCCAUGUGUUGAUAUUUAAUAUAUAGCAUAUUAUAUUUAUAUAUUUCAUUAAGCUUUUAAGGCAGUAAUAAUGUUAUAUUACAUUAUUGAAUUAUACAAGUUUUAUCUUCGUUUUUGUAGCAGAUCAUAUUGACUUUAAAUUCACUUUAUAAGUUAGUAACAGUUUUUUUUUUCAGUACCUAUAACUUGUAUUAUUUCCCCUUGCAACUCAAACUUAAUCAAAUCGAUCACAUUUAGAGUACUUUCGCACUUGUGACAUAUUCGCACGCGCGUUGCCGUUCGCCUGAGUCAACGUCCUCGUCGAGCGGGUGCAUCAGGGGGGAGGAUGUACUGUAGCCGCUUAUCAGCCGACCGACUAUAAAAGCGAAUCUCCAGCGGCGACUGCGCCGCAGAUCCAGAUAGAAUCGUCUCCAAUCGAGUGGCAAAAACGAGGCAACAAAAUGUCGCAGACCGGCAGCCAGAAUCUCAACUUGGAUGCGGCGGCCAUUGGCCUGGAUCAAUGUGGAACAGCUGGUGGUUCCCCCACUUCACCUGGCCUUGGACUGUGGAGCGGAAUGGUGACCAUGCUCCUGCAAUCCCUUCUAGCCGCCCAAUGUCUCGUCUCCCCCGCCAGUUUGUGGCCAGUGGACUACGGAGGAGAUUUCAGUCAACCCUACGACUUCGUGGUCAUCGGAGCAGGAUCUGCGGGUUCCGUGGUGGCCAGUCGGCUCAGUGAGAAUCCCCAGUGGAGGGUACUGGUCCUGGAGGCUGGCGGAGAUCCCCCCGUCGAGUCGGAGUUGCCGGCAUUAUUCUUCAGCCUUCAGCACUCGGAGUUCACCUGGAACUACUUCACGGAGCCGAGUGACGAGUCCUGCAAGGCAAUGAAGGAUGGUCGCUGCUACUGGCCACGUGGAAGAAUGUUGGGCGGAUCGGGCGGAGCUAAUGCCAUGCUAUAUAUUCGGGGGAAUCGCCAGGACUUCGAUGGCUGGGCGGCGAUGGGAAACGAAGGUUGGAGCUACGACGAGGUGAUGCCCUUCUUCGAGAAGUCAGUGACCCCCCAGGGAAAUGCCACUCAUCCCAAGGGCUACGUAAGCCUGGCACCCUUCGAGCGGCAGGAUGAACCCAUUCACCAGAUGCUAAUCGAUGGAGCUCGGGAGCUGGGAUUGCCGUAUGUGGAGCGAUUCGAGGAGGGCAGUGAAACGGGCUAUGGCCAUGUGCCGGGAACAGUGAGAGAAGGUCGAAGGAUGAGCACUGGGAAAGGCUACCUGGGUGCAGUGUCCCGCACUCGACCCAAUCUCCACGUGGUCAAGAAUGCCAGGGUGACGCACUUAGCCUUCGAAAACAAUGCCGUGACCUCGGUGACUUUCGAAAGGAAUGGGGUCACCCAGCAGGCUGGGGUCACCAAGGAAGUGGUGAUCUCGGCGGGAGCCAUCGAUUCGCCAGCUCUCCUCUUGCGUUCCGGAAUCGGACCCAUCGAAGAUUUGAAGGAGUUGGGCAUUCCCGUUCAAUCGGAACUUCCCGGAGUUGGCAGCAAUCUGCAGGAUCACGUCCUGGUUCCACUUUUCCUAAGACUAGACGAAGGUGAAGCGGAGGCCAUGACCGAAAAGGGAAUGUUGGAUGGCAUCUAUGAAUACCUAAUCCAUCAGAAGGGACCUCUUGCAACGCACAGCACAGUCUCCCUGGUUUCCUUCAUCAACACAAAUACGAGCAGCAAGAGUGUUUAUCCGGAUACGGAGAAUCAUCACCUCUUCUUCCAACGGGGUAAUCACCCCUCGCUAGAAAUCUUCACCAAGGGCUUAUCCUUCCAGGAUCAGUAUGUAGAAUCCCUGCAGGGUUAUCUCAGGGAUUCCCAUCUCCUCUGCGUUUUUGUUCUGCUUUCCCAUCCAGUGGCAAGAGGUAAAGUGCGAUUGAGGAGCAAGGAUCCCAAGGAACCGCCCAUUUUAACCAGUAAUUACCUAACGGAACCGCAGGACGUGGCCACUUUGAUGAGGGGAAUCCGAUACAUUGAGUCCCUGGAGCAAACCAAAUCCCUAAGGGAACACCAAGCGGAAUUGGCUUACAUUCCCAUUGAGGAAUGUGAUAAGCUCAAAAACUACCGAUCUGAGGAAUAUUGGAGGUGUUAUGCCAAGUACUUUACAAUAACUUGUUACCAUCAAUCGGGAACCGUGAAAAUGGGUCCUGAUUACGAUCGCGAGUCCUGCGUGAGUCCUCGUCUUCGGGUCCAUGGACUGGAUAACCUCAGAGUAGCUGAUGCCAGCAUAAUGCCAGCUGUGGUUAGUGCCAAUACAAACGCAGCCACCGUGAUGAUUGGGGAAAGAGCCGCUGAUUUCAUCAAGGAGGAUCACAAUGGUUGCGUCGCUGGCGGAGAUGAGGGUCUUUGGAUUCCGCACAUGCACUCGGACGACUUCUAGUUUCUAGUUUGAUGAUUCCACACACGCAUCCCACGUCACAACUGGCAACUUGUCAAUAUCAAAAGUGGAUGCGGUAGAUAUCGAUGCACAAUCAACACGAAUAGGUAAAUUCAAGUAUGCGAGGUGAUACGAUCACCUUUCUUUGGUUUUUGUAAAGGUAGUUUAAGCAUAAAUGAUUACAAUAGAAUAACGUUCUUUUUUUAUAGGAUUUUAAAGAGAUUUUUCUAUGGAAAAAAAGCAUCAACUAUUUUCUUUUAUUAUAUAUUAGGUAAUAUUAAGUAUUUAGUGAUA